GUACGGGCAGUAAGCUACGAACGGUCCGGUAAAGAUCACAAACGCGUUAUGUUUUACCUCAUACGCAGCAUCGUGUAACACACGAACGAUUGCUCUGGGCGACAUUUGGAUGUCUACAUCCGGACAUUCAAGCAGAUUUCCUCAGUGAUUUAUCUAUAACUUCGGGCGUGCACAUACUGUAUAACAAUGUACCAGUUGUAUUCGAUAUCUGACUCAACAAUAUAGGCGCGAAAAGACUUUAAUAGACGGCACGCGUGGGCACCAGGCCGCAUGAAAUACCGAGGCUUCAUAAAAUUUGGCAUGUUCGCACAGUGCUUUGGGUAUAGUAAUUGAAACCGUUAAUUUAUAACGAAAUUUCGUGUUCAUAACGAUACGAAUAUAAUGUUAUAUGGUUACAACAUUAACAGGUUCGAAAUGACCAACAUUAACAGGAACAAAAUAUAACGAAACUAAAAUUGUAAAAGUUUUCUUCCCGCGUGUAAUGAUUUACAAUAGUUCAGGCAGGUCAAACGUUACGGCCCAAUCGUUUCAUCCAAAUUAUUAUUGCUACUAAUUAACGUUCAAAUAUACAGAACGGUUUUUUAAUCAAGAUGAGAGGUUCGACACUACAACAUUUUUAAUCAAUUGUCUGUAAUACAUCUGUUAUCCGCAUUAAAAUACAAAAUGUUUGUCGAAAAACUUUCAGAUUAAUUUCGAAGUAUAAAUCUUUAUUGCGAAUACAAGUUAAUGUUUUAAAGAGUUAAAAAGUAAAUAUUUGAUGGAGAUUGAAAAACUCGUCUUAAAAAGGUAGUUUUUUAUUUUAUACAAAACCAUGUACAAGUUUUAAUGAAACAGAAUCUAGCGCUUGGAAUAAAAAAAGGUUGUAGGCAUGGAUCACAAGUCAGCGUGGCAUUGCAAUGCGCCCAACAAGAGUCCCGACUUCGAUUCCAUGUUGCAAGGACUUAUGGUAGAAGAUCCACAAGUCGUAAAAUCAAGAACGGAGCCGGUGAUGUGCGAUUUCUUCGAGGCGACCGGAUUGGCACCAAGACCGGUCGAACAAAAUCUGAGCAAUCACCACCAUCCGGACGAUUCGCAGGAGCCGCCGUGGUUCGAAAUGAAUGAGGUGGUGGAUCCAAAUAUGUUUUCUCCAAUAGAGGAUCAGUCGUUGCAGGUGACUCACGUCAAAGUAGAAGCUCCCGAGGCCAACAGCCCCGAAUAUCAAAGCGUGGCCAGUCCCGGACUAUAUACCCCGUCGUACCUGCACGUGCACUAUCAUCAUCAUGAUCACCAUCACCAACAGCAUCAUCACCAUCACGGGUAUUUCCCAAGAGUGGCGCCCAUGACGCCUCCUAUUUCGGAGCCGGGAUCUCCGGGCAAACGUCGGACGCCACCACCUCCCUAUCCGGCCCGGUCGACCGUGCAAAGAACGAUAAAGUUCAAUCGGCGAAACAAUCCCGACUUGGAAAGGAGGCGGACACACCACUGUAACUUUGGAGGAUGUAAUAAAGGUUACACGAAGAGUUCGCAUCUAAAAGCACACCAAAGAAUACAUACAGGUGAAAAGCCGUACAGGUGCACGUGGUCGGCGUGCGAGUGGAGUUUCGCCCGUUCGGACGAGUUGACUCGUCAUUACAGGAAGCACACGGGCGACAAGCCGUUCCGGUGCGAAGUGUGCGAGCGGUGCUUUGCUAGGUCUGACCAUUUGGCGUUGCACAAGAAGCGCCAUCAACCCAAAACGAUGCAGCACCAACAGUUGGAAUUACCCAUGGUGGCGGCAGUCAAAGCCGUCGCCGUUGACCAACACCAGCUCCAACUGCAGCACCACCAGACUCAGCUGCAACAGCACGCACAGCAACAUCACCACCAUCAGCAGCAGCAGCAGCAGCAGCAGCAACAACAAAAACACAACAUGAUGAUUUUGAACGGCGGCGGUUUAGCGGUUCCCGGCGACAACUCCGUCAGACAAAUGGUGUCCGUGUGAAAUUCCUAGUUUUGUAGAAUUUUCAAAAAUAUCGUUUCUGUGCCGAACGUGCCGUUGGUUUUUCCGCGCGGGCACUUUUGACCCGCGUCGGUUUUUCGGUGCAGGAAUUUCGUCUCCGCGGUCGACAAUGACACCUUAACGAACGGCCAUUGUGCGCUACAGUGUGAAAAAUGUACACGAUACGUAAUAGCGAGAGUAGUAACAAAACAAAAAAAGAACGGAUAAGUGACGGGCAAACGGCUCCGGGCGACCUCGUCCAUACGGGUCAACUCCAGCACACGCUACGGCACUUAUCCUAAUGGCAAACGGUGAGCUUCGAGCGUGCGGCAUACAACACGGUAGUAGUGCUUAGAUGUAGUAGUCUCGGGUGUUAUUAUUAUUCACACAAUGGUGUGUUUAAGUAUUAUUCAUAGUUAUUAGCGACCAGUUGUAUGCGGUGGCCCACACGCUCUCACACGAUAAUAUAAAUAAUAAAUUGUAACAAGAAAUGUGUCCUAUUAUCGUUUUGAAACUAUUCGAUCGUCAUCUCCGGCCGUGAUUAAUGAGCGGCGCACUUGUGGCCUUCCACAACGAUCGGCUGAUUAAUAACCGAUUGUGAUCAGAUACCGGUAAGCUUGCAACGUUAGCUUACCUUAGCGCUACUAUGGCCCUUCUCCCCUCGAGUCUCCAUAAAGUUUUAUUAUAUUUUCACUUGCGAUUCUUAGCCUUUGCGUACCGUUUCCUAUGUAUUAUGUAAUUUUAGUUUUUAGUUUUUUGUAAUAUUAUUAAAAUGUCCCAAACUGGUUUGGAUUAUCUCUACGCAUUCGAAAUAAAAGUAAUACGGGAUUAAGUCAUCCUCUCGGUAUUGUUUUAUAUGUUCCAUUAUAAAUUAUUGAUAAUUUAUGUGUGUGUUUUUUCGUGCUAAGUACCAAUAGGUUGUAGUGUCGGGUUUUGUUACCGACAGUAUGUUAUUUUGUAAUAUAAAACAACGUAAAACGUUAACACGAAUGUACUACAGAUAUUAGAUAUCUUAAAUAUAAUUUUAUAGCAUUUUUUUUUUUUUUUUUCUAGAACUUAAGUGUGUUGUGUAUAUAACGGUAGAAAAACACACAAUUCCUCGUAUUCUAGCGAUAGUUGUAUUCAUAAUUUUUUUAGUGUUAUAAAACCAGCGUUUAAAAUUUGUUAUUUUGUUGAAUUUUUAUAGACGAAAAAAACAUUUUUCGACGUGUUAAAAAUAAUUUAUGUAUUUAUGAUUAAGCUAUCAUAAAUACUCCCCUACUCCCCAAACGUUUAAAUGUUUAUUCUUGAAACUCGCCUUUUACCUGUUAAUAGUCACUUUAAUACAAUUUUUAUUGCAUUAGA